AUGGGUACAACAAAUCAGGCUGGAAACAAUAGGUCCAACCAUAGCAUACUUCCUCUUUUGAGAACUCAACAGUUUUAUUGGUACUUGGGACAUGUCUUAACAUUAGUUUUCUUUGUAUUGAACUUUUUUUCAAGAUCGCUCAGAGUAUAUCGCCUCUGUUUGCUUGCUAUUCUCCUAAGCUAUUUCAUUGUCAUAAGACAAAUAUUCUUCAAAGGACAGGCCAAGAAGACUUUGAAAUCGAUCUCCGAUCCAGGCUUUAGGUAUCAGUUACUAAAGGAUGAAAACGUACAAUACUUGAUACUUGCCUUGGUAUUCUUUGCUUCAAGUUUCAUAGUCGGGCAAGUGACUGGUGGAUUGUAUUCAUUUGCAAUCUUUUCACUUUUUCAUAGUUUAAGUUACUUUCAGACUAACAUAGUGUCUGGCUUGCCAAUUGGGGCUUCGAGGAAGAAUUCGAUUUCUUCCGCAAUCACUCGGUUUACAACGGGAUACAAUAAGCAGGCUCUAUUUAUUGCAGCCAAUUCGGAGACGAUAAUGCUAAGCGGUGUCUUCAUUUCAAUUCCGUUGAGUGCUUUCAGAAUCUUCAGAAACCCCUUAUACGUUUUGGUCAAUGUAUUUUUGUUUGCAACAAUUGUCGUGUUCUUGAAGUUGAGAUAUGAUUCUAACCAAUAUACUCAAGCCGUAUUUAACCAAUGGGAUACGAAGAUAAACCAGUUAUUAAUGCAUCCAAGUGCCCCACCGUCUCUCAAGUACACAUACAGCACUACAUUCAAGGGGUUAUUGAAGAGAUAUAUUGAACCUAUCAAAAUUCAAAAGAAUAUUAAGAAGACGUAA